CGGAUAUAGUGAAUGCAGGGUCCAGGGAAACCAGAUAUAGUGAAUGCAGGGUCCGGGAGACCAGAUAUAGUGAAUGCAGGGUCCGGGGAGAUCAGAUAUAGUGAAUGCAGGGGUCCGUGGAGACCAGAUAUAGUGAAUGCAGGGUCCGGGGAGAUCAGAUAUAGUGAAUGCAGGGUCCGGGGAGACCAGAUAUAGUGAAUGCAGGGUCCGGGGAGACCAGAUAUAGUGAAUGCAGGGUCCGGGGAGACCAGAUAUAGUGAAUGCAGGGUCCGGGCAGACCAGAUAUAGUGAAUGCAGGGUCC